AUGGCGUGGCCAGGUCCUUGGCCUCUCGGGUCCUCCGACGACGUCGCGGCGCUGGUUGCCAACGGCUGCCUUGCGCCUCUGUUCGCCCUUGUCUUUUCCUUCCAUCCCUCUCAUCUCUGGCCCGAGGGACUCCAAGUGUCGGGCGCGGGGCGUCCUCCCCUGCCGCCUGGAGGCCAUGAAGAAGAAGAGGUGCUGGAGCAGUUUUUGUGGGCUCUUGGAAACAUCGCGGGCAACAGCAUACACUUUCGAGACCUUCUCCUGUCGCCCAAGGCCUUAUUCCAGCACAUUCAGCAACUCCCAAGGUGCCCGUCGUUACAGAGACAGCCUCCACUGCUUCGCCUUCUCCAGCGCUACGGCGAAACUCUCGUACGCCUGCAGCAAAAACUCCACAGCAAAAGCAGUGCCGACCAGAACGCGGAGUGCCCGUCUCCUUCCCUGCAGGAACAGCUCCUCGCUCUUCUGCCUCAGUGCCAAAACAUCCAAACCUGGCGCACAGGCAUUUGGCUCCUCUCCCACUUGCAGGGGACAACCCCGACCGCAGUCGUGCCGCAGCUCCAGCACGCCCUGCUCCAUCUGCAGGAUGAGGAGACGCUGGCUGACGCACGCUGGGCCCUUGAGGGCCUCGCUGCCCAUCCGCGAGGCGCUGCGAUGCUUGUCGAGCGGCGCGAGCUCCUCACAUCCGUUAUUCACAUUCUGGCGCAGUGCAGCAAGGAAUGCUGCUGCGCCUCGUCGUGCGCCUCGUCGUGCGCCUCGUCACCCAAUUUCGCUGGUUUCCCCUCGCACCCUUUUGAGGCUUCUGCGUCUCGCCCUGAACAGGGGAACCGGCCGUCGGCGCGCAGCACCUGCUGCCGAGUCUGCUCAGACUCUUCUGGCGGCUCGGCGCGAGACUCCGAGACAGAUUCGCAGCACCAAAUGUGCGUGCGGCCUGCUCUGCGCAUUGUGGGUCAGGUCGCAACGGGCAGCGUGCGGCAGACGCAGCUCCUUCUGGACUGCUGGGUCACAGGGUCUGACCAGCCUGAUGCGCGCGGCGAGGCCGCGAGCAGCGGUGCGCACCAGAGCUUGAGCCGGGAGCCUUCCUCCUUGCUGCUUCACAUUUUGCGAGUCUUGCUGUGCCACGACUGGAAGGCAGUCCGGAAGGACUGCGGAUGGUGCAUUAGCAACAUCGCCGUAGGGCCGCUUCAUCAGCUCCAGCAGCUGCUGCGCGUGAGAACUCUCGAGGCGGUGCUGGUGCAGCUCGCCACGUGUGAAGAGGAGGAAGAGGAAGUGUGUGAGAUGCUCCGAGUCACUGCACGGACGGCUGACCCGAAGGCUGCUGCGGCGGCGGCUGAUGCGGUGGCUUGCAUUCUCGAAAAGGCCGCGCCGGAAAUGCCCCCGCGAGCGCAGACAUUGAGUGCACACAGCGAGCCGCCUCCUGUGCUUAUCCUAGAGGCGCCGCCCCUCUCUGUGGAGCGCCUGCGAGGAAUUCGUGGGCGAAUGGAGAGGCCGAUGGCAGGCUGGGGCCGAGCCAGCGCCUCGCUUCUCGAAGAAGACUGCCCCAUGCUGAUGCAGCUCCUCCUCGAGCAGCUUCAGCAACAGAGCGGCCUGUGCCCUGAGGUCGCUGCGCGAAUUGGGCGGACCGGCGAGGCCCUCCUUGCAGUCGCCGCCGUCGUCAGUCGACAGCAGUCGCUCGUUCAGCAGCUGUUGCACCAGUGCCACCAGUACCAUGCGCAUGUUGUCACGGACCAUUUACUGAGAGAAAAUGUGCCAAAAAGGUCUCACGAAGGCCGGGCGCGACUCAUUCCUCGAGAAGACCUCCAGGACCGUCUCUCAGUGGGAGUGAAGGAAGCAGCAGCGGCUCAGACCCUGAUCUCUACCCGCGUGGGGGGUGAGCCCGGCGAUGGUCAGCAAUCUGUUUUUUCCUUUAUUGACGGGAAGCGGCUUUGCAGCAGACGACCAGCGUCUCAGUUUCCUUGA